AUGGCCGGCGUCAAGAAGCCACGCGGAAUCCGACAUGAUCGUCAUUGUCAUCGAUGUCGCAUCAAGAGCAUCAAGUGUGACCUCAACCGUCCGCAAUGUCAAUCUUGUCUGCAGACCGGACUACCGUGUCACUAUCCACAGAGAGUUGUUUGGAUUGAAGAGAAGAGACAAAAGACAAAAUCAUCGUCAAAGUCCUCAUCGCCCCCAUCAGCUGGAAAUGGAGCAGAUCCAAUUAAUGGAAAAGAUUCCAAAGAUAUCACCAUCAAUCUAUACGGUUUCAUCGACCUUCUUUCUCGCUUUUACCAAGAGAUUCAGUUCAGCAAGAAAGAGAUACCCAAAGAAACCAUCGAGCUCAUUUCUCAGACCUUAAGCUUUGCUCGCUCACAACUAGUUGGGACAGAUGACAAGAACUCGAUUCAGUCACAUCUAUCGGCAUUGACAAAUCUAAGACAGGUUAUCGAGUCAGCUCACCCGGUAGCCCUAUUCGGAAUAGCAACAUUUGCCAUUUUUGAAGUUUGCUGCGGGUCCUUCGGACGAUGGCAUCGCCAUCUGCAAGGUGCUCGCUCUCUACUAGAUCUCCACUGCAGCGACAAAACCGAACUUGAUCACCUCUUGGCGCAAAUACCAGGUCUUGCGGACGUGCUAUCUUAUCUAGUUUGGUUUGAUGUGACAGGCGCUCUUGUUAGAGAAGGCUCUCUAAUAUUCGAUGAGUGGCACCGCAGAAUCCUUAGUCCAAGCUUUCUUGACUCGGUUGGCUGUCCACCAGAUGCAUUUGAGCUUUUUGUCCAUGUUACAAAACGCACCGAUCUAGAUACUUUGGAUAUUUGUUCUCAGGCAAUGUGUCAGGUCCUACAUCUUGACUCGGAUGACUUAUCAGAACCAGAUCGCCGACUUGCAGCUACUGUGUAUCGAUGUACAGGGGCAAUGGUGGCAUUUAGACGAGCGAGAGAAAGCCAUACUAGUCCGGAUCCCUCAGUACCUGCGCCGACAUCGGUUUCUUAUGAAAAAGUUAUUUCGUCUUUGGUGGAUCGAGUAUGUGAUGCCGUGUCUAAGCUACCCUAUUAUUCACGCUACUACGUGCACUUGGCCACGCCGAUUUACCUGGCUGGAGUGCAUGCCACUGCUACUACACAAUGCGAAGUCCUACGGACUUUUUGGCGCAAUUGUCGAGAAUGCGAGUUUCCAAGAUACCCAGAUGGCCAGGAACAAUGCGAGCAAAUGUGGAGGAGGAUAUAG